AUGCCGUCCGGUUCCAUCCGAAGGACGCGAAAGGAGCCACUCAGACCCACAGCAGAGAAAGACAGACUGAGCCUCCACGUGGUGCGGCAGAUGGCGGGGCGUCCCCCACGGCGCGGGCCCUGUGGCCCCUUCACGACCCUGAGAAGGAAGCCGCAGGCGAGGGCCCCGGGGGCUCAGAGGGCGCCCCCAGCCCAGGAGGAGGACCCCAGGGUGAAGUGCGGGGACUGCGGGGCCUUUGGGCACAAGGCAAGCAGCCUCAGGUGCCCCAUGAAGCGCUGGGAUGGGGCCCGAGCCCCCCAGCCGCCGGGCUCCCAGAAGAUGAAGGAGAACCGGAAGCCGUGGACUGCCCGGGACCCGGGGCACCCAGGGCCCGCUCCCAGGGCCGCGGGACGGAAGGAGCAGAGGCCCAGGCCCGAAAGCCGGCAGAGGCAGGCCCUGCUCCAGGCGUUUCCCAGGAGACCCCUGGGGCCGCCCCAGCCACCCAGCACGGAGCCGACAGCGUCCUGCGACUACACGAGGAGCUGCGAGGGCCCCCUCUCACCGCCUGGACCAGCUAAGGGACAGGGAGUGCCUGCCCCUGGCAGCCGUCACCCAGCAGGCACGGGCUGUGUCCGGGGGCCUGGCUCCGGGCCACAUGGCCCAGGUCGUGCCCUCAUCGGCCAGGCAGAGGCCAAGCGCCCCCACGUGGGGUCGCCCGGCGCCCCGCAUCCCGCUGAUCACAGAUCGGGCCAGGACUCCGACGUCCGCAUCAAGGCCCCUGGCAAGAGGGCUGCCCAGACCCCGCCGCAGUCCUGCCAGCGGCCCCGAAAGAAACCCAGAUGCGGCCCCUGCCCGCCCCCCGGGAAGAGCAGGCAGGGAGCAGACCCGGGGCGUUUCCGGCCCCUCCGGCCCCCGGCACGUGCGCCCGGCCUCACCCCGGCAGAGCCGCCUCGGGCGCCCAGGGAGACGCCUGCCCCGGGACGCAGCGCUGCCCCGGGUCCUCCGCACGCGGGACCUCUCCUGAGCACGGUCCAGGCCUGCCCGGUGUCCCCGCUCCCUCCGGCUCCCCAGCGUCCCGGCCAGCCCCUCCGGGUGGUCUUCACGAGGUCGGACAAGGGCCAGUGGCGCUCCAGGCUCCUGAGGGCUCCCUGGGUGCCACCUGCGGAGGGGCCGGCGCCUCCGGCUCAGAGCCCUCCCGCCCCAGGGGCCUCCGGGGGACUCUGUGCCCGUGUCCCUUUCAGCAUCCUCUGA